AGGUCAGCGGGCAGCGGUGUCCUCCCCGCCGGGAGGGCGCUGGGUGGUGGUGCCGAGCAUGCUGUCCCUCCUGGUCAGGGCCGCCGCCACGGCCGGCCCGCUGCGCUCGCUGUGCCGCUCCUCCUUGUGCUCGCUGGCCCCGUGGGGACGGGCGGCGGGGCUGCCCGCGGCGAGUGGGAGCUGGGCCCCGCCGCCCUGGCGGGCGCCCCGCGGGCUGCUGGCCGCGCCGCCGCCGCUCGGGCCGCCGCUGCCGGCCGGGCUGAAGACCAGGACGGUGCUGAAGAGGCGCUGCAAGGAUUGCUACAUCGUCCGGCGGCGCGGGCGGCUCUACGUGUGCUGCAAGAGCAACCCGCGGCACAAGCAGCGCAAGGGGUAGCGCCGGCCGGGACCCCGCAGGGCACAGAGCCGGCGCCGUGCUCGGCCGCCGGGCCCGGAGCCCCCGCUGCCGUGCCCCUGUGGCCGGGCUGCCCCGCCGCCUCCGGGAGCUGGCAGCUGGCGACACGGGUCGCGACAUCGCGUGCGUGACAGUGUUUCAACCUUGGAACACCUGGAGCGAGGUGCGACCUUGACGGCCCUCGGUGGAAUUUCAGGCCUUGGAUGCGGAGAGCUGAAGUGGGAAGCAACAGCCUUCAGGACCUCUUGUCAUCUUAAGCGUGAAGCCUUAAAAUCACCGCGCUGUUAAAUUAGUAAGGGUGAAGCUGUAUCACUGGACUCUGAGGUGCAUUUGGGUUUAAUUAAAGCAAAAUGAAAAUAAACUCCAUUGAUGUUCAUUACUGCAA